UUGUGAAUAGGGAGGUGUGACGUAGAAAGAGAGCAGAACGCAGGUGCUUAUCUCGGGGCUGUCACAGACAUAGUGUGUCAUAUUCCUGGGGACUACCUUUCAAAAGCUACCGGCUCCAGCGCUAGAGCAUCAGCCGAGCAGGGACCACAGAAUCCGCAGCUAACUUUCAGCAUCAGUCAAGAAGAGCAUGAAAGUCACACUCACAUCUUAGAACAGCUGAAGAAACGUGUGUGUAGUAACCAGAGCGGCCCGUGGGGAUCUUAAUCAUUACAGACCAAACAGCCUGAGAUGGAGUCUGACAGUGAAGAGAAUCGCAGUGAAACAUGUGAUGUUCUGCCUGACUGCAUUGCUGAGGUGCCCAGCUUGCAUCUCGGAGCGGGUAAAAGGCGGGCGUCUGCAGAAGGGGCCCGCGGGGCGCCAGUCAACAAGAGGAAAUCACUCCUGAUGAAGCCCCGACACUACAGUCCCAGUCCCUGUCCCAGCGAGGAAGACCUGGCAAGCGCUCAGGACAAAGACGAGCCCAGGAACACUGACACUCCAGCAGAUGAGGACCUCAGCGGUGGUGAUGUUCUAGAAGACACUAUUUAUCACAACACAAAGUCUCACCACUUGUUGUCAUGGUCAGAACAAACGAGUAAAUGUUCGCCAAACCUGGAUGAGCGAGAGGAGGAGGAGGACUUUGAAGACAAAAGCCAGGAGGAGAUCAGAGCCAGUUAUCACCCGUCUCCAGACACAGAGGCAGAUGAAGAAGAAUGGAGCUCUCCUCCGUCUCUAACGAAGGUCAACGGGAUCCAUCACAGCCCCAGUCAACCUGCAGACGAUACUCUUAUGAAGAGACUCCGAAUUGGACAGCAGUUGCACGAAGAUGCCCUCUCUGCUUACAUGAACAGAAACAGUGCAGGGAUCUUGAUGGAGGAGUAUGGCUCUGGAAGAGAGUUCAGCGACAGUGAGGAGGAGCUCCAGACGCCCAGGACGGAGGAGCGAGGAGGUGUUUGGGGUCCGGGUCUGGUGGCCAGACGUCUGGAGCUGGACAGGGCCCGACUAAACCUCAGUCUUCUAGAGCAGGCCAUGGCGCUUCAGUCUGAACAUAGACAGGUCCUUCACAGUGCCUACAAAGACAUGGACCGCUUCCUCCUGGAGCAGAUGAACCAUGAACGGAGACAGCAGAGGAUGUUGGAGAUAGACGCUCGAGCCAUGUACCACAGCAGCAAAGAUUCCCCUCGGACAGAAAAGAAAGACAUCAAAUGUCCGACCCCGGGCUGUGAUGGGACGGGUCAUGUGACAGGCCUCUACCCUCAUCACCGGAGUCUAUCAGGAUGUCCCCACAAAGUCAGAGUGCCCCCAGAGAUCCUCGCCAUGCAUGAAAACGUCCUCAAGUGUCCGACCCCUGGCUGUACAGGAAGAGGUCAUGUCAACAGUAACCGUAGCACGCACAGAAGUCUCUCAGGCUGCCCGAUAGCUGCUGCAGAAAAGAUCUCCAAACCGCAGGAGGAUCCUGUAAAGUGCAGACAGAUGGCAGAGAGGAUGACGAGACCUUUAGGAAACAUGAAGAAGUUUGACUUCACGUACAGAUUUGCUCAUCCUAUGGCAGCGUUGCAGGCCAGCAUGGCCAAAGACAUGGACAGGUACACUAAAGGCCACUUCGACUACGCCAGUUUUGACGCUCAGGUCUUUGGCAAGCAGGCUCAGAUGGCAUCCGACCAGAGGCAUGAACCUCCACGCUUUCCUGACACCGCUCAGUUCCCCUGUUUUCUGGGUCCCGGAGGUCAUGUGAUCAUGGCCGGAGACAACAGCCCCAGUCGCCAUAAAGCCCAAAGCAACGCCCUCCAGUCCAACAUGGCAUCCGCAGCCAUCCUCAACCUCUCCACCCGUUGCCGAGACAACAGCGAGGCCCCGCCCCCCAGCCGGCCCCUGGCAUCAGCCACAAAGGAUUCGCUGAUAGAAGUAGACGAGAAUGGAACGCUGGAUUUAAGUAUGAAGAAGAAGAGAGAGAAGGCGAGGGACUCUCCCGUGAUGCCGACAUUAGGAGAUGCCCUUUUCACCCCACCUGAGCCUUCUCUAGCCAAAGCGGCGGGUCUCCAGAUCUCCCCGGCCGUCUACCAUGUCCUCUACGAACAGGACGCCUGGGACACGCCGCUGAACUACAGCAAAACACCUGUGCAACAAGACAAAGAGAUGGAUCAGUUGGAUAAGGCAUCCCUCGAGGAGAAAGCGUACAACGGAGAUGCAAACAUGGCAAGUGCAAAAAACAAGAUGCUCAUAAGAGACAACAAGAAAGAGCUGAUGAGUUGUCCGACACCAGGUUGUGAUGGUAGUGGUCAUGUGACAGGAAAUUAUGCGUCACAUAGAAGUGUAUCCGGUUGCCCAUUGGCCGAUAAGACCCUGAAAUCACUAAUGGCUGCUAAUUCUCAAGAGCUCAAGUGCCCAACUCCUGGCUGUGAUGGCUCAGGUCAUGUGACCGGAAACUAUGCAUCUCAUAGGAGUCUGUCAGGAUGCCCUCGUGCCAGGAAAGGAAGCUUGAAGCUCACGCCAAGCAAAGAGGACAAAGAAGAGCCAGAGAUGAAGUGCCCAGUGGCAGGUUGUGACAGUCAGGGCCACGUUUCGGGUAAAUACACGUCUCAUCGCAGCGCAGGAAGUUGCCCCAUGGCCAACAAGCGGCAGAAGGAGAGCUCGGUGAACGGAUCGUCCUUCUCCUGGAAGCUGUGUAAACAGGAGCUCCCGCAGUGUCCUCUGCCCGGCUGCAACGGCCUGGGUCACGCCAACAACGUCUUUAUCACACACAGGAGUUUGUCAGGAUGUCCACUAAACGCUCAGAGUAUCAAGAAGAAACUCUCUGAUGAAGACAUGAUGACCAUCAAACUCCAAACUAGCAGUGGUAUCGAAAACAAUGAAGACAUGCAGCACUUGGAUCACGAAAUAAAGGAGCUAAAUGAAUCCAAUCUGAAGAUAGAAGCAGAUAUGAUGCAGCUCCAGACUCAGAUUUCAUCUAUGGAGUGCAACCUGAAGACUAUUGAGGAGGAGAAUAAAAUAAUCGAGCAGCACAACGACAGUCUGUUGAAGGAGUUAGCACGUCUCAGUCAAGCUCUUAUCAGCAGUCUCACAGAUAUCCAGCUGCCGCAAAUGGGUCCGAUAAAUGAACAGAACUUCGAAACAUAUGUGAGCACGUUGAUGGAUAUGUACAAUAAUUCAGAGCAUGAGUAUUCACCAGAAUGCAAAGCCUUACUGGACAGCAUCAGACAGGCCAUCAAGGGCAUUCACGUAUAAAGCCAAACUCUCCUUCACAAGCAUUUGAUUGUCCGCAGAGGGCUGGCUUUAUCAUCUGUGCAAGAUAUGUCUAGACAAAAAAAAAAAAAAAAGUAUCAUUCCGUGACAAAUUCAUUGCACUGAAAAAUACCAGCCACAUUUUUACAGCUCAAUGUUCCUUUCAGUGAGAUUUGACCUACAUUUGCACUUAUUUAUUUCCUAUGGUUUGCCUGACUUUAUUUCAUAUUGUUAUUUUGUGUGUUGUGCUACAUAUUAUCUUUAUACAUCGGUACUAUUUAUCUCACAGUAAUCUUAUUUAUUUAUUUAUUGCUAUCAUUUUUGCUGCAACUCCAAAAUGCAAGGCCAGUCUUACAAAUUGUAAAUUUAAUUUUUGCAUUUGUUGUACAAUAACUGGGAGUUUUAGUCGUUUGUGAUGACUUUUUCUUCAUGACUGAUGUCAAAUGUAAGAAUAGACCACUUGCGCCACCUGUUGGUGAGCAGCUGGUAUUGGUCUCAGCUGGUAUCAGAGCCAUGUGCAUCCCCAAGUUAAUGCAUUAAGGUUAAUGUAUGUCACUCAAAUGACAUCAUUUGUUUUCAUGCAUAAAUUAUAAUAAGUGAGCAAAUGGAAAGCAUUUUAUCUGAGUAACUCUCCAAACGGAGUGACUGUACAGUGAGCAAAAAUCUAAUCAUCCAGACGCACACGAAAAAUGAUUUCCGUCUCUGUUCAUAUGAACUGCCUUUGGUGUGCACAUCUGUGUGUGCAUAUAUGUGCCUAAAUGUAAAUGAGUACAUGGAUUAUGAUAUGUUUUGUGGUAGAGCAGUAUUACGUGAACGGUGAUUCAUUUUAUUCUGCAGUAUAUUUAUUUUUUUCCGAAUGAAAACUCUGUUUACCUACUGUUUAUACACCAUUUGAAGUAUGUAAUGAUAUUCUUGUAAAAAAAAAAAAAAAAAAAACAGAUCAGGCACAAUACAUUUUUUAUUAUUUUCUGUGAGACUGAACUCCUCAAACUUCGGCUUCUUCUGUAUGACAAACAGUGGGCUCUCAAAUAGGUUUAUGGAUGAUAUUUUCUCAAAGCACUUCAUGUCUUCGAGCCACUAAAAUAUAAAAAUUGAUGAUUUGCAGCAAAAUAACGGCAAUAGAGAGUAAUCUUUCCAUUAUGACUGGAUCUGUACCAGUUGAUUUAGUGUUGAAAUGCACGGCCGAGGUCACCUCAGCGGAUCUGAGUGCUGUUAUUGCUGUGUUACCAUCACAGACAGCCUCGUCACAGCACUUUUAAAGCUUUCUCUAACACUAAACCUACCCUUUUGCACUUUGAUUCUGUUAUUUAGUGUUUAUUUUGAGCGGGUCACAAAUGCGUGAUCGGUGCAGGUUAUUUAAAACAUUAGUUUAAACUUAGUUUUACGUUGUCCAUUGAUGAUGUCAAAAUGUUUAAUUUUUGCAGGUCAUUCAGAGGGAAUAAAACACUAUAUUAUCUGACCAAAUGAGCAUAAUGAAUUGUAUUCUCAAUAAAACAAAUCAUGUUUUUUAAUCCUAAAUCCUAGAUUAAUUCUGUUUAAAUUAUUUGUAAUUCUUAAUUUUUUUAUUUAUAAACCACAGAUUGUUUGCUCAGGAAGUUUUUGGGAGGAAUAUUUAUUUUUUCCUUUUUGUAUUUGAUGUUUUGUAAUGUGAU